CGCGAUACUCGUGAUCAUCUUUCCAUCUUUCCAUCUCUUUGCUCUCUGUCCACAUUCAUCUUACGACCUACACGACUUUCAUCUUGACCACUCUCCCUACUCCCGCCGUCACCACUUUCCUUUCCCAUAUCCUGUUCACGACCUGUCGCCCGCCAUGCCACCGGGCGGCGACACUGCCGGGCCCUCGACCUCGUCGUCUUCCUCCCCGGAAACAUCGCGCUCCUCCCUCACCUCCCGCUCCCCCUCUCCGACACAUCUCACGGCGCGUGACCCGCGCUUCGAUGAGGCGUCCCCCUUUAGAACCACGCCCGCUGCAUCUACACCCCGUCGCCAGCUCAACGCGUCCGACACCCUCGCUCCGAUGGCUCCUUCCCCUUACCCCUACUCCCCAACCGCUAGCAUCGCGCUCGAGCGCGCAAGCGAGACUUUAGCGGGGCUGGGACGGCAGCUGACGGAGCUGAAUGGCGGAGAUGAGCCGCGGUGCUGCUGUUGUCGCGGGCACGAGUGUGCUGCGCGCACUAGGGGCGAUGCCAAGCUCAAGCUCUGUGGCGAAAUCGGCACAGCGCUCCUCCAACGCUGCGAGGCUCUCGAGAUCAAGCAUUCCCGCGCAGAAAACAUGAUCGAGAUAAAGCGCAAAGCGCUCGCCGACAGCUUGCGGCACGUCGCCAACCUCGAGCGCGCCAACACGACACAUCUCGCCAAGUACGCUGAGCUGUCACACGCCUUUGAGGCGCUGGAAAAAAAAUAUACACAGGCGCAGCAUUCGCAGACCCUCACGCAGCAGUCGUUGACGCACGUCCGGAACGAGCUCACACGCGCGCGCGCCACCGCGAGCGUGCAUAGCGCUGCCGGCGCUGGCGCAGAAGAGCGCAUGGCCGAGAUGGAGCGGCGAUUCGAGGACGCACGCGAUCUGCUCCAGGCCGAGUCAAGGCGGUUGCGUGACCAGAUGAAGUGGCGGUUGAUGGCCGAGGAACGGAUAGCCGACCUUGAGACCAAAUUGACUGCCUCUGGGCGCGAAGUCGAGGAGAUCAAGUCUGCACGCGCAAAGGAUGCGCAGGAGCUGCUUGCCAACGCCAAGGAGCGUCUGGAAGCGUUGCAUUCAGAGCUGUCGGAGACAUUCCACGCGGACGCACCGUCAGAGCAACCCGAGUACCAGCGCACACUCGAGGACCUAGUGGCGACCAACGCGCUGCUCAAGCACGACACGUCUGAGCUGGCAGUGAACCUCGCCGAGAAGAUGGAGGAGAACCGCCAGCUGCGUGAGGAACUCGAGGAACUGCGAUCGCGGUCAUCGCCAGGCGCGCGGCCUCUCAGCGCCGAGCUGCGUCCGCUGCUCAUGUCAGGCAACAAGACGCACAUCCGGACCGGAUCCAACCCCGUAGUGGGCAAUGAGCUGACGCGCCCGAUGCAUGCAAGAGUCGCGAGUGCGGCGAUGCCUCGUACUCAUCGCCGCCAAUCGUCUCUAGCGCCGAGCUUCGCGUCAACGUCAACAACGGAGCCACCCAGCGUAACCUCCUCUCCGCCUCAUGACACUGGCUCGAACGAGUCCCCGAUGGCCCGCACCAACUCCAACCCUCUCUCCCCGGAGCAGCGGCGCUCAUCGCGAUCUUCCUUCUCCGGUGGCCUGCCCUACACAUUGAACGGAGUAGUGAAGAGCAAGCGGCCUGUGGCACCUAGAGCCAUGACGCACCCGAGCAGACGCAGCGUGCAGAUCCACGCGCUCGGCGAUCUAGCGGAGGGUGGAGUCGAGGCAGACACGAUCGAGACUAUGCUGGACACACGCGCUGAUCAUUCGACUGAUAUGACCACUACGGACGCGGACGACACCGACUCUCAGUCAGAGGCAAGCAGGCGCAAGCGCGCGAGCGUACUUCUUCCCACAAUGACGUCCCCGAGGACCCACUACGACUCAUCGCCCAUGAUGGACUCGGCCACUUUCGAGGCCCCCGCUCACUACCCAUGCCCUGACACCAGAAGCGAUCGGCGCGGCAGACGCACCCUCAUGCUCCUCUCCACGUCGACGGGCGUGCAGACAGACCCGUUGCCGGAGCCACUGCCGAGUUCGAUUCCCGAGGCGUUAGAACUCGAGCACUCGCCCGCAGUUACUCCGGAAGUGGGCUCAGCGCAACACUCGCGCAACGGCUCACGCAUCGUCUCGGCGGGCUCGUCAACUCCUGCUCAUACUCUCGGCGAGCUCGUCGACUUCCUUUCCAAGAUACUCCUCAAACUGCACGGCGUGCACGUGCGCACGCUCAACGGGCGUUUGAAGAAGCACAACCUCCCCGGCGACGUAGGGCAUGUGUCUCGCACCACAAUCGCGGCGCUGCGCGCCGAGGUCAACGACAUGAGGCACAAAUUCCGGCACGUGCUCGACUCGACGUCCACCACACGGCGAGACAUGACCCUCCUGCUCAAGCUACUCAAGGACGUCUUCGAUGACCUCCUCGAGCUGCAGGGUGUUGUCAACGACGUAACGGUCAAUCCCAAGCUCGCGAAGCAGCUGCGCGCCAAAGCGUUCGCGGAUGAUACGCCGCCGCCGCCUACACUUGGCGGCGGUCUGGGAUGGAUCGCGGCGCCCAUCGCCAACUGGCUCAUUCCGCCUACAGCUGGUGCACCGCAGCCAAGCCCGACUCGCACGCGAGUGACAAAGCCCGCACCCAAAUUGCAGGCCAGCACGAGCGCGACCACCACUACUGUCUCUGUCGAAUUCGGCGGCGCCGGCAGUAUGGUGCGCAGAGCCGCACCGGCAACGCCUAAGAAGACUCGGGUCACGGCAGUUGUUGGCGGCGCAGACGUGUUUGGAGAGCCGGAACAGCGCAGCGUCUCAGCGCCGGUGGGCUCGGACGUCCCGCCCAUCAGUCCAAGGCGACAUGCGUCGCUCACGGCGCCCACGCGCAGGUCAGAGCUGAUGGGCAUCUUUGCUGGCGCGGCGCGCGACGUCUCACCCUCCCGCAGGAUGCGACACGCCUCCUCACAGUAUUUCGGCCCCAAGCCCUCUGCGCCACAGAACCGCCUCUCCACCAUCGUAGAUGCGGUACUCGAUCCCGAGGACGCGCUCCCCGAGCCUGCACUCACGCGCCUUCGGCCGCGCGGGGGCAGUGACAGUUCGAUUCGAUCGGCUGUGCUCAUCGACCCUCACUCGCUGGAUACUGAGCCUGUGCCCAUACCCGCCUACAUUCCGCCAGCGGCGCGCUACAGUGCCGGUGCAGUGGCAGCGUUAGCCGAAAGUCUGGGGAGCGGCUUCGGCAGUCUUGGCAGCCUGGGCCGUAAAAUCUACGGGGCUGACGAGGGGGUCUUGAAGCGUGAAACGCUACAGCCGCCUAAAGAGGUCACGGAUACGGACGCGGAAGCAGACGCUGAAGCUGAGGCCGAGGCGGAGACACCACGGCCUCGACGGGUGCGUCGGAAGAAGCGCUCAACGGAACAGCUGGCGCGGCGGUCAUCCGAGCGCCUGGCGAAGAGCUCGGCGGAGCGUCUCGCACCGCAAGAGGAGAACCUCGCACCGCCAGGGGCGCGUACGCCCACACCCAGCUCCCCGCUGCGCGCGCCGCGCACGCCUAGCCGCACAGCGCUGGCGCCCAGCCUGGCGAUACCUGCCACAGUUGCCGGGGGGACGUCACCUGUUGAGAGCGCGGGAGGGCUGCUGGAGCGGCUGGCGGACGAGGGAAACGGGCUGAGAAGUCUCAGUCUGAAAGGGAGUGCGAGGGCCGCGCGCAAAUGGCGCUAGGCAGGGAGAGCGGGGGGCGGAGAGGAAGACACGAGGAAGCAGCAUUAGUCAUUGUUUACGCGCGGUGUAGUGCUAGUAUACCAUUGCAUGAUGUAUUGCUACAGGCG